AUGUCUAAGCUCUUCAUUGGAGGCCUCGCAUGGCACACCGACGACCAAGCUCUCCGUCAAAAGUUUGAGGAGUUCGGUCAAGUCGAAGAAGCCGUCGUGGUUAAGGACCGCGAUACUGGCCGCAGCCGAGGCUUUGGCUUUGUUCGCUAUGCCCAGGACACCGAGGCCGAUGCCGCUAUGCAGGCCAUGAACAACGAGGAGUACGUCUUUUCUGCCUUCACGUACCAUCCAACAGUGGACACUGCUGACUCUCCCAGAUUCGACGGACGUAGGAUUCGCGUCGACAAGGCCUCCGACCGCGCUGGCGGUGGUGCUCCUCGCGGCGGCGGCUACGGAGGCGGUGGCGGCGGAUACCGUGGAGGUUACGGCGGUGGUCAAGGAGGAGGCUACGGUGGCGGCGACCGUGGCUACGGCGGCGGCGGCCAGGGCGGCGGCUCUUGGGGACCUUCUCAAGGCGGCGGCGGCGGCGGAUACCAGUCUCGCGGCGGCUACGGUGGCGGCCAGGGCGGCGGUCAGGGCGGUUACGGUGGUGGUCAAGAGGGUGGCCAAGGUGGUGGCCAGCAAUGGUAA